UGCGGCGAACCGUACAUUAACUAACCGUGCUCCAUGUAAACACUUCCAAGACGCUAGGUAUUUUAUGCAAUUAUAUGAUCGUUAAAUAUCUGAAAUUCCUUCUUCGUCUGUGAUCUGUCAAAUACGGAAGCCGGAGUUUCCUUGUCGAUACACGCAUAAUUUAAAAUGGACGCCAAAGAGUUCUGCGAGUUUGGAAAGGCGACUCUCGAGUACAUGGCAAAUUACACGGAGAAUUUACGGGACAGAAAUGUCCUCCCGAGUGUUAAGCCAGGUUACCUCAACGAACUCCUCCCGCGGGAAGCACCGAUAAAAGGGGAAUCCUGGAAAGAAGUCCUGAAAGACGUGGAGAGAGUCAUAAUGCCCGGAGUCUCGCACUGGAAUUCACCUCAUUUUCACGCCUACUUUCCGACGGGCAAUUCUUAUCCGGCAAUAAUCGGAGAGAUCGUGAGUGCCGGUAUUGGUUGUAUCGGUUUUUCGUGGAUGUCAUCGCCCGCCUGUACCGAACUUGAAGUUAUCACGAUGAACUGGCUCGGAAAGAUGCUAAAUUUGCCAGAGGAAUUCUUAAACUGUAGCGAAGGUCCGGGUGGAGGAGUCAUACAGGGUUCAGCUAGCGAAGCGACGCUUAUCUGCCUCUUGGCUGCAAAAGAGCGAACGACUAGAAGGCUGAAGGAAGAGCAUCCGGAUUGGAACGAUGCUACCAUAAAGAGUAAAUUGGUGGCUUACGCGUCUGAUCAGUCAAACUCGUCGGUGGAGAAAGCAGGACUACUUGGCUCGAUGACUAUGAGGCUUUUACCCGCUGACGAAAAAUGCCGUCUUAGAGGAUCAACCCUUCUCGAAGCGAUGCGGAAGGACGAGGAGGCCGGACUAGUUCCCUGCUACGUCGUCGCCACCCUGGGGACCACAGGAACUUGUGCAUACGACUGUCUCGACGAGCUUGGGCCGAUCUGUAACGAAAAUAACGUCUGGCUCCAUGUGGACGCCGCAUACGCCGGCGCCGCUUUAGCCUGCCCUGAAUUUCGACACCUUAUGCCCGGAAUAAAAUUCGCGGACUCGUUCAGCUUUAACCCUCACAAAUGGAUGCUGGUGAACUUUGACUGUUCUGCACUAUGGGUGAAAAACUCAAGGUAUCUGAUCGACGCAGCGAAUGUCGACAGAGUUUACCUCGCUCAUGGCCACGAGGACAAGGCACCGGAUUACAGACACUGGCAGAUUCCUCUGGGUCGCAGGUUCCGCUCCCUGAAGCUGUGGUUCGUCAUGAGGAUUUACGGAGUCGAAGGGAUUCAGAAAUACAUUCGUGGAUCGGUAAAACUGGCUCGUUACUUUGAGAACCUCGUUCGAUAUGACAAUAGGUUCGAAAUAGUCACGGAUGUGACAUUGGGACUCGUUUGCUUCAGAAUUAAGGGUGACAAUUCCUUGACCAAUGAGCUUCUCGAGCGUUUGACAGCGCGGAGGCAGAUUUACGUAAUACCAGCAACAUACAUGGGGAAAACGAUCGUGCGUUUUGUGGUUUGCAGCCAGAAUUGCGAAGAGAAAGAUGUGGAGUUUGCCUGGAAUGAAAUUACAACACAAACGACGGAAAUUUUUAAAUCGCAAAUCGAAGCGUCGGCAGUACUCGAGGACCGAUCGAUAGAGAUCCGCACAAUUAUCACAGAAAAACCCUUGGAAAACUUGACGGACAAGCUACUAGAUCUUGAAAUUACGAGUAGCGUGAAAAAUUCGCCAACUAUUUCGUAAGAUCGCGAGGAGAACGUCACAUUGAACGAUGUGUUAGUUUUACUGUAGAAAAUUUUAUUAGAUUCUUGUCUCGUUUGUAUAUCCUUUCAUGAAAUUGUAUGAACUCAAAGUUUCGCCCGUGCACCAAUAACUGAUCAUAUGAAAUGUAAUUCAUUUCGUCAUUGUUAGUAAUAAAAUGAUUUAUUUUAAAA